UGUACUUCACCACGCGCGUGCACUCUGCGGGGCCCCUCCUCUUCAUUCCAUAUCUGGGCUUUCCCACUCGGCGACCCAGGCUUCCAGGAGACCCCAGGCCCGAAGGACGCCGCUCGAGCUCGCGCCCACCUCUCCUUGGUAUUCGAGUCCACGCGUGUCCGUGCAGCGGUGUGGUUGGAAAGGCUGCCGCAGAAGCUGGAGCCAGCCGGCUCCGCCGGCCCUUCCAUCCUCAGAGGGUCAGGAGGUCCCAUUUCCGCAGCCUGUAUUUAAGUUGCGUUCAGUUUGAGCUCUUUUCCACCCGAAGACAGGAUUCAAAUCCCGGUAGGAAACUUCCCACCCCAUGUUGCCUGCACAGUAGGACGCUGUCUCUUGCAGCUUGAAGGAUAGAAGAUUUGAAAGGGGCACAGAAAUCCAGAUCCACCUGUCCCGAUCCAAUCGCCGGAUGCACCAGCGGCUGUCAGGAAGCUAAUGCUGAACACGUCUUCCAGGUGCUGCCGCCACAAGUGACCAGGAGGUAAACUUUGGGAUGUGCACACAAUGGACAGCAAGGACUUGGAAGCUGAAAUCCACCCCUUGAAGAACGAAGACGGGAAAUUGCAGGAGAGUCUGGGAAACCAAUUGAAAAAGGAAGAUAACGUGAAAAGCACGCCUCUGCAGUCUCGCCUCUCCCGAUGCCGGACAGUGGCAUUUUUCCUCUCGCUGUUUAUCUGUCUUUUGGUGGUGUUCGUGAUUUCCUUUAUCAUCCCAUGUCCAGACAGGCUGGCAUUACAGGGGAUGUGGAGGAUCAAUUACAACAUGGCUGUCACCUACGACUUUCUGGCCACAAAAGACAUAAACAAGGACAAGGUCCAAGAUGUUCUCUUCCUUUAUAAAAACACCAACAGCAGCAACGAUUUCAACGAGUCCUGCACCCUUGAAGGCUUUUCCUCUCCCUGCUCCUUUGUGGCCGCUGUAUCGGGAGCCAAUGGCAGCACCCUCUGGGAGAGGCCUGCAGCCCAGGAUGGAGGCCUCGUGUUGUGUGAUGUUGCGCAGCCAAGAGACAGCGGGGAAUCUUCCGCCUGCAUCCUCAUGGACAGAGCUGGUUCUUUGAUCGCAGUCAAUGUAUUUACAGGGGAGACCCUGUGGAGCCAGCCCAGCAGCUUCAGAAGAAACUCUUCCAUCCUGAGCCCUUUGCUCCAGGUGCCUGACCUUGAUGCUGAUGGGGCCCCAGAUCUGCUGGUUCUCACACAAGAGGAAGAGGAGGUUAGCAGCUACCUCUAUUCAGGCAGCACCGGGCACCAGAUUGGCCACCAAGGCAGCCUCAGUGUGGGCAAGACCAGUGACUUCCUCCUUUAUGUCACCAGGGCGGGCGCCCACUACAUCCUUCUUCCCUGCGCAAGUUCCAUCUGUGGCCACUCUGUGAAGGACAUCUAUGAAAAAGUGACCGGGAGAGACAGCUCACUAAGGAGAGACCCCAGCUGGGAGAACAUGCUCAACGCCACCAACCCCAGGCUGCUUUUGCACAGCUCUGGAGCCAUCAAUCACCUAAUGAACGUUCCCGGGAAAGGUGGCGAGGACCUCCUUGUCGUGGGUUCAGAGGCCUGUGUGCUGCUGGAUGGGCAGGAGCUGGCACCCAGGUGGACCUUCAGCGUAGCCCAGGUCUUCAGAAAACCCAUCCUUGGUCGCUACAAACCUGACACCAUGGCUGUGGUCAUUGAAAAUGGAACCGGCAUUGACAGACAGAUCCUGCUCCUGGACCUCAGCACUGGGGCUCUCCUGUGGAGCCAGGCCCUGCCAGGCCUCCCUGGAGACCCUCAGUCUGCCAGCCUGCCCACCGCAGACCACCGCUCAGCCUUCUUCUUCUGGGGUCUCCACGAGCUGGUCGGUGCCAACCAGACGGAACCCGGAGACAGCCAGCGCAGCCUGUACAUGUUUCACCCCACCCAGCCCAGUGUCCUGCUGGAGCUGGCCAACGUCUCUGCCAAUGUCGUCGCCUUCCAAGUGGCCCUCUUUGAGCCAGGCCGCCAUGCCGCCUGCAUCCUCCUCACAGGCCCAGCCAACCCAGAUGCACCCGGCCUGGUCUCCGUGGCCAAGCACAAGGUGCAGGACCUCAUCCUGAGCAGCAGGGUGGUUCGCCUGACCGAGGGUGGGCCUGACAGUGACCAGGCCACCAGGGACCGGCUCUCCCGCCUGCGGUACCAGAGCGAGACCUAGGUGCACAGCAGUCGGAGCGUGUGAGAGGCUCCAGCUGCUGAAGUCAACAUCCUAGGAAGCUGGCCCUUCAUUCACUUGACCUGGACGCUGAGUCUCCACUCCUGAACCUGGCGAUGCUCUCCGCAGCGCUCCCUCAGUCCCCAGGGACGUGGGUGGGUGAGGGGACGCCCAGGCCUCUCCUGCCCAGCACACUGUGCCCUCACAUGGGUCCUCACCCUGCCCCACUGGGGUCACACGCUCAGGGCCAGCUGCCUUCACUGUGGUCUCCCUGGGGGAAGAGCCCAGGCCCGUCCUGUAGAAAUCCCCUCUCCAUUUCCCGUCUUAGCUAUCCUGACUCAGCACUGUCCCCCUGAGAUCAAGCAGCUCAGAGGAUGGUGGGCCCUGGGGUGGCCUCGGCGGCUGGGACCUGAGGCAGUACCAGCCCCCAGCAUGGUCGGUGUGACUUGCCUUGGGGAGCCCCUUCAGCCCAGCCCGUGAGGAUUGGGGCUUUAGGACACAAUGGGCGGCAUCCCUCACCGAUGCCCCAAGCGGGGCUUAUGCCCUUGUGUUAGCUGCUUGUGCUGUGAAUUUCCCAAGGAACUGACCGUACGACACACACUGGGGUCAUUUUGCAUCCUCUUCGUACACACUGGAGUCACUUGUCCCUCUGGAGUCCCUGUACCCCUAGGUGUAGCCAGCUCCCCCCCUUCCUGGUGCUCAGAUAUCCCUGGCAUUGGUGUCCCCUGAUGCAGGACUCACCUCUGUGCCUUGUUACACCCCAGGGCUCAACUGUGCCCGGACGAAAUAAAUAAAUAAAAAUAAACCUUGACUCUGGGUACCACAGA